AUGAGCCAGCCGCAGCAGCCAGGAGGCGGGCCUACGCCGCCCGAGUUGGUGGCCCUCGCUCCCCAAGCGUACUAUCAGAAGCCAGAACACCUGCUCGCAGCGAGCAUAGCUUUCAUCGUCCUCACCCCAGUAUGCGUCGCUCUUCGAUUCGGCAUAAGGAGGUGGCAGGGGAGCACAUUCAGGAUGGACGACUGGCUACUCGUGCCGGCCACGGCGUUGACUAUCGCCAUGAGUGUGUUGGUGAUCCACGGCGUGCGAAAGGGAGCCGUCGCGUACAGACUGGAAUUCCCACAGGGCUUCACGGCGAACCCCUUGACGCUGGCAACAGACCAGACCUCGCUGAUGGCGCGGACUGAAUACGGCUUCACGAUCAUGCUACCCCUCGCCUUGGGGUGCAGCAAGCUUUCCUUUCUGUUCUUCUACCAUCGCAUCUUCGCGGUGGAUCGCAAAGGAGCAAUCUCAUGGUUCCUCAGGGCCUUGAUGGUGCUCAUGGUCUUGUGGUCCAUCGCCUUCUGCUUCGGCACCAUUUUUGAGUGCGGCACAGACUUUGGAGUCAUCUGGGGCCCGACUAUGGCCAUGGUCGAGAAGUGUGUCGACACCAUGCUGAUGAUCUACGCUUUCUGCAUCUCCGACUUCAUUACCGACGCCAUCAUCAUCCUCAUUCCGGUUCCCCUGAUCUGGAAGCUCCAACUUCCGAGAGCCAAAAAGCUGGCGACGAGUGCCAUCUUCUUGCUGGGAGCAGGUACCCUGGGUGCCUCAUUCUGCCGCCUGUACUUCACAGCCCAGGCCGUCAACGUGGGAUUCGACCCCACGCAGGACGAGAUCCUGACCAUCACCCUCUAUCUCUACUGGGGCCUCGUCGAGUCUGGCGUCGCCAUUGUCGCCGCUUGUUUGCCCAGUCUGUCAUUCAUCUUCAAGGCGUCGUCCGUCAACAACGUUGUUGGCAAGUCUCGCACCAUCUUCAGUUCAUCGUCUUCGCGCAAGUCUCUGCACACUACCAACAGCGGCGCACAUUACGAGCGCACAGCGGACAUGAAGCACAGCCUCCAUGAUUUGGAUAGCCACAGUGACGACAGUGAUAUCGGCUUGCAAGGCCGUGCCCACGUUGAGGACAGCUCACGCAACAGCCGUGAGCCCAUCAUGGACGAUGCCGUGUCGGCCGUCUCAGCGCUUUCGGCGCAUCCGUCGUUGAUCUCCAAUCUUUCACGCGGAAGCAACCGCCUUGAACAGGAUCCAAGGAACUUUGACUCGUACACCACUGACUCGAGCUGGAGGACGCGAGGUCCCAGCGUGCCCGAUGUCAAUGAGGAGUUCCUCGCGCCGCCACCUCCCUCGCACCAUACGAGGGACUUUCGCGGCUCUCCUGUUUGA